AUGGAUGGAGAGUCAUGGAGAGGAAAAGAGGUAGUGGUGGACUCGCAUGCUGUUGGCGCUGCUGUGGUGGACUCGCAUGCUGUUGGCGCUGCUGAACCUCUUGCCACUCGCACCCAUGCGUUCCACCUCAUCCUCUUCCCCCCCCUCACCCCCUCCUCUCCCCCUCCGCCCUGCACAGGUCACCAGCAGCGCCCGUCGCUAGGAGCGCCGUUCAAUGCGCACAGCCCACUGGACUCGCAUGUGCCCGGAGGCUUACCUGCUCUCAAGGCCAGGUGGCAAGCCCUCCUGCACCAGAUUCGCGUGUGUGACAGCAGCAACUACCUCAAGGCCUUUCAGGCAUCGGACGUGCUAGUGGUGGUCGGAUGGUCCUCUGACCUGCUGCCCUUCGCCCGCCGCAACAACAACAUCACCGUCGCUGCGCCUGCUGACGGCACCCUCCUCUUUGCCGACCUAUGGGCCGUGCCCGCUACAGCCCGCUACAACAUCCCCAAGGCUGCCUGGCGCAACCGCGGGCCCUCGCCACUCAUCGGGCAGUGGAUGAAGUUUUGCCUGCAGCCCGCCCGGGCAGUGCCCCUGGAGCGGGAAAUCUUCUCGGCCUUCUCCCCCACAGUCCUGCCCGACUGCCUCCCGCUGGCACCAAUGCUACCAGCUGACGACUCAAGCAUCAAUGCUGCUAGCACCAGCGGUAGCAGCACCAAGGGCAGCACCAGCCGCGCCACCAACACCAGCAACAGCAACACGAGCAGCAGCAGCAGCACCACCACCACCACUGCCACUGCCAGCAGCAGCAGCAGCAGCAGCAGUGCGCGUGGGUUACCAGCAGCGGGCAUCCUGGCAGCGAGUGAGUUCGUGGAGCCACUGGAUGGCGCCACACAGGCAGAGCUGAACCAAGUGCUGCUGGGGGACACGAAGGGGGGAGUGGCGGCACAGGGGCAGACGAUGCAGGGCCGGGUGAAGCAGGCGAUUGAGGCUGUUGGUUCGGCAUUGGAUAAGCUGAGGAAAAGAGGGUGA